CAAUGGAAACCCACCAUGGCGACCUGAGUUCGAGGUCAGAGGACAUGGACUCAAGCCAGGCCAGGCCCUAUGGCUGCUUUUUCUGCAAGAGAGGCUUCUCAACAGCUCAGGCUUUGGGCGGGCACAUGAACAUCCACAGGAGAGACAGGGCUAAGCAGAAGCAGCAACCAGCUGCAACCACCCAUGCAACUUCCUCUGUCCUCCUUAGUCCUCGGAAUAUUUCCUUCCCCCACAGUGCAACUCUGAAAAUCAAUGGGAGCCGUUCAAUCCCAACCUGUAAUGGUGGAGAAUCAGAAGCUUCUAGGAUUAUGAGAUGGCCAUGGAGUUGUUAUAUAGGGGAUGGAAAUGGUGGUCGCCAUGAGGAGAUUGAUGGUGUGAGGAGGCCGAUUAGGCAACUGCCAUUGCUUGUGGACUGGUCCUGUGGAGAUGGUGGCCAUGGAGGGGAGCAUCCCUUAAAGAAUACUGCUGAGUUACUGACACCAGUAACCGUGGAGGAGGAACUCGACCUGGAGCUGAGGCUUGGUCCCUGUGGCGGUGGGAAUGGGGAGAAGAGGAGGCCCUGCAUGGAAGUCCAGGAGCUGCCCCGUCCAUGACAGGAUGAAGGAAGUUGCCAAGCUAGCUCUCUCUCUGCUUUUCAAUGGGCUUAACAUUCAGCAAGUGCAUAUGUCAUCAAUUCGAUUCUUGGGAAGUUAGUCUUUGGAAGCAAGUUGGCCUAAAUAUCUCUUCUCUUCCUAUGCGAAUAGAGUGACAGUAUGAAUAUGGCAUGCCAUAUUCAAUCUUGAACAUAAAGUCCAAGUAUUUUGGUUUAGCACAUUAACAUCUAAUUAUCAAAAUGACAUCCUGAAGAUGUUUCUUGGGAUUCAUGUAAUAUGGGCUUCAUGCAUGUUAA